AUGCGAAGAGAUUUGUCAUGGAACCAUGCCAUAUGCGGCAUUCAGGGAACACAUUUCAUAAGAGCGAUUACGACGGAUCCAAAUGAAUCGUACGUACGUCUUAAUAUUGGAGGAAAAUCGUACUACGUUCGUAAAGAGCUCUACACGGAAGAACGGACGCUGAUGCAUGAUAUCGUGGAAUCGACCCAUGAACAAAGGUUAGCUAUGGUGGAUGGUUGUGAUCCCAGUACAGGUGAAUACUAUUUGGAACGAAAUUCCAGGCUAGCUGAUCAUAUUGUGGAUUUCUUUGCUACAGGAAGUCUGCAUCGACCUCAAAAUAUGUGCAUAGAAAAAUUCAAAGAAGAGCUAGAAUUCUGGCGAAUAAGUCAUGAACAGAUGGCAUCAUGUUGUACAUUACCGACAUGCUCAUCAUCAGAUGUCGACGUGUUCACGGAUCGGUCUCUGUUCAGGCUCGCCUGCAAUCCUUUCGACUUUCUACCUGGCGAUUUCUUGAAGAUCCACAAUCAUCAAUGCCAGCAGCAAUUUUCGCAAUUCUUUCGGUGGUUUUCGUCUUUGGCAGUGUUUUCGUUAAAAUUUGGAAAAUUUAUUUCAGGGUUAAUACUUGGCUCAAUGCCAGAAUUUCAAGAAGAUCCUAGUAAUGCUUCUGCUUAUCAUUCAAUGCAUGCUAAGACCAGUGAGAAGCUUCAUAAAUUCCUUCCGUCCGUCACAAAGAACGAGGAAUUUCCUGAUUUUGUCUAUCGACCAACCGACUCUCCUAUGUUUACACUUGUUCUUCUUGAAUAUGUCUGCAUUGGAUGGUUUACAUUUGAAUAUGUAAUAAGACUUCUCAUAUACCCGAAACGAGGUGAAUUUCUUCGAAAAACUUUGAAUGUCAUCGAUUUAUUGACUAUUUUGCCAUUCUAUUUGGAGUUGUGUCUACCUGUUAUCGGAGUUGAAUCGCACUUCAAAGAAAUCACGGGAGCGAUGCUGGUUGUAAGAAUUUUACGAGUUCUAAAAAUGGCUCGAGUGUUUAAGCUUGCACGAUAUAGCAGUAGUCUACAAACAUUUGGGCAAACACUGAAAGCGUCUAUCACAGAGCUGAGCAUGUUGAGUAUAUUUCUACUCACGGGUAUUAUAUUUUUCUCUACUAUCAUGUACUAUUUGGAAAAGGAUGAACCUCACUCAGAUUUCUAUUCAAUACCAGCUGCUUGCUGGUGGUGUGUAGUUACAAUGGCAACUGUUGGUUACGGUGAUGCUAAGCCUGUUACCGUAUGUGAGUGA